AUUGGUCAAAUUCUAAAACAACGACGUUUGUAGCCCCGCCCCUCUCAUUGCUGCAGGAUACCCGCGGAAGUUGGUUUGCUGAGCGAGGACGGGAUGUUGUUAAUUUACGUGUUAUAGUGUGAAAGGUGUCGACAUUUGUCUGUAGUUUUUCUGUUCGGGUUGGUAUUUUGUUGCAGAAACAGAGGAACGGUAAGAAAAAGUUUGUUGAAGCAAAAUGUUGGAGUGUGGCAUGCUGGAGCAGGACAGUCGGACUCUGCGGAGACGCUCUGCUAUUCUCUGCAAACAGCUGGUGGUGGAUGAGCUGCUCAUUCAGUCCUUACAGGCAGACGACAUCCUAACCGAAAGCAUGGCAGAGAGCAUCAUGGCUGAGCAGACAUCUCAAAAACGAAGCUGGCGCUUACUACUACUCUUACCAAAGCGAGGGCCCAGAGCCUUUAGCAGCUUCUGCUCAGCUCUGCGAGAAACUGAGCAGCAGCACCUGUUUGACCUGCUCACACAAUCACCAGAAAAAGACAGCAGAGAGAUACAUGUAGAGAGUAUUCAGCCUGAAGGAGAGCCAGAGGUAGAGGCAGGUCGACUACUCAUGCAGACAACAGAAAAUAAAAGAGAGAUAUCCUCACUAGACAGAGAAGAAAAGAGUGAGGUGAGCAGCACCUUCUCAUGCCCAGUCCAAGCCUCAGAUAGCUGCCUGCGCUCAGAGUCAUCAUUCAAAGGGUUGGUCCCAGUCAGGGAGGAAGACAGGAAGACAGAGAGACAGAGAACGAAGAAAAAAGGAAGAGAUGAGCUGGCAGAUAGGUUUGUGGACUCUUCUCUUCCACUUCCCAUGCAGGAAGGAAUUGCUGCCAAGAGAGCAAGGACACACGCAGAGUCUAUGGAGUUUAGUCUGGAUGCAGAUAGUCCCAUCAACACUCCUGUGCUCCCGUGCACUUCUGACUUUUACCUCUCUCACUGCCAGCAGUCUUACAGAAUGAAUUCAUCCCCUCGUGGUUUUGCUUUGGUGAUCAGUAACGUGAUCUUUGAUCCUUGUGCUGCGCCCGACCUUGACCCUAGGAAGGGAGGUGAGGUGGAUGACGAAGUCCUCAGGAAGGUCUUCACAGAGCUGGACUACCUGGUUACAGUCCACAGAGACCUCACUGCUCAGAGCAUGAGGACGUGCAUUGAGAACUUUUGCCGACGGCCAGAACACCGGACAAUGGACAGCUGUGUGGUGUGUCUGCUCUCCCACGGAGUGGAAGGAGCUAUAUAUGGCACGGACGGACAGCUCCUGCAGCUGGACUGGGUGUUUGAGGCUUUUGACAAUGCGCACUGUCCCCUGCUACAGAACAAGCCCAAGAUGUUUUUCAUCCAGGCCUGCAGAGGAGAGGAGAUGGACUGUGGAGUGGAGCAGAUAGAUGGGCCAGCGAGGACCUGCUCACCAAGCUGUGAACAGUGGGAUGCUGGGAGGGAAGGACAGGGGGAUGCAAACUCCAGACAGAGAGGGGACAUGGGUAGGCCCAGGAUUAAACUGCCCCAGCGGUCUGACAUGAUCUGUGGCUUCGCCUCUCUCAAAGGUCAGAGAAUUUGUACAGCAGCCAUGCGGAACACCAAGAGAGGAUCCUGGUUUAUCCAGGAACUUAACACAGCACUCCGCCUCCAUGCCAGAGACACACACCUUGCAGACAUCAUGGUGCAGGUCAACAGGCGUAUUAAGGAGCGGGAGGGUUACGCUCCUGGCACCGCCCAUCAUCGCUGCAAAGAGAUGUCUGAAUUCACCAGCUCAUUGUGCAAAGACCUCUACCUUUUCCCCAAGUACCAGCCCCAGUAUUGAUAUGCAAAUAUGCACAUACACAGAUUAACACACACAGACCAUUCCUUGCAAUGAAGCCUCUCAGUAAGGGCACACAACUGUUAAUUCCACGCCAAUUUCUGCUGCACACUCACACAUUCCCCUGUUACAACUUCAUAUCCAAACAGAGGAUUUAUUCAUUCAUAUUUUCUGUGUAAAUACUGCCUCCUCAAACCCACAGACAUGCACACACACACAUGCGCACGUACAUACACACACACAAAUCCUGGAAAGGAAAAAGAACAAGCUUAUGUUAAUCUACGUGUACUCUGAAAUGGGCAAUGUAUUAGCAUACAACUUACUCAUGUAUCUGUGUGUCUGUGUCAAUGCCAGUUAGAGGGUUUAGAUGUUAAUCCUUUUUAGUCAAAGACAGAAUCGUAUUUUUUUUCUUACUGCACAGCUACUUUGAGGUUUCACUCUCUUUUUAAAAUGUAUUUUGUACACAGAUCUAUUUUUGUGGCUUUUUUUGUAUGAAAUAGUUUUUAUAUGGAUUUUUAAGCCCAUUCUCUUUAUUUGUAUAUAAUGUUUGUUAUAAGUUGUGACCAUUUCUUGUUUUUAGUAUAGUGACAGGCAGGGGGCAGCACAGCAGAGACAAAUGCAUUUCAUCAUCUGUCUUUCAUCAUCAUUCAUAUCUCCUGCAGUUCAAAAUGAUAUUUACUGUCAUGAUUCCAGACAGCUUUUAUUUUAGUUAUUGUCAGCUAUAGUGAUGAUUAAAUGGUAAACUCUUUGCAGCAGGUUUUGACCCGCUCUCAUUAGAGACGUUACCUUUUUUUUUUUUCUCACAUAAUUUGCCUCAUGAAGAGGAAAAACAGCUACAGGGCAGCUUCAAAACAAGAAGUGUUUCAAUCAUUUACUUUUUCGCUUUUGUUUGCAGAUGUUCAAUCAAGAAGAUUUGUUUUUUUAACCUUAAAUUUUGUGAAGGCACUCACUGUAAAUUUCACUUCAUAUCAGCUGUGUUACUGUAUAUCUGUCCCAGUUGUGGUGGUGGGCUGCCAGGGGAAUGUGGUGCUACUUAUGGGGUCAUACACCUACAGUAUGAACUCUGACCUUUACGCUAACUCUGACUCCUAAUAAUGUUUCUCCUAAUGUGGGAGCUGCACAUUUAGUUAGUCCCCCUAGAGCUUUUUGUGAUAUUUUACUGUAUCUAUUACAGUAAGGAUAAACCAUGUAUUUCUUAUGUCUUCCAUAAACAAUAUGCAGUUUUCUACAGCAGCCUGUGCCAUGUGAGGAUGAUCUGUAAGAUGAAUUUAUGACCAUGGAGCUUUCACACUAUAUUGUAUCGCUUUGGCACCCACAGAAAAAUCAAUUUCUCAAGGCUUUGUGAGCAUUGAUGUUUCCCAGAAAAGCCCUGAUGAGGCGAAAUGUGUUUAGUUACAACAGUGUUGUAGCAAUGAAAACAGAAUAUAUGGUCAAAACAGUAUUGAUUGUUAACUAUCUAUAAACAAAGAUACUUUUAAGUUGUUUGAGGUGCUUGUGGUAGAGUUUACCCAUGUCUGGAAGGUGCUCACUGCUCUUAUCCUUUAGUUUUUGUAAUUAGGAAAUAUAAUUUAAAAAAGAAAAACAUUGGAGUGGUAUAAAAGGGUAGCUCUCCUGCAGGGUGAGAACGUUUGAAGGGUGAUAUUUGCUGCCAAGCUCUGCUGAGGUGCAGUGUGGGGGGCCCGGGAGAGAUUUUAUUUCUGUCAACGCCAAUGACUGCCAAAUGUUCUAUACAAUAAACAGGCCAUGGUUUGCCAACAAGA